AUGUUGAGACUUCUAACAUUAGCUUUUGCAAUAGCUGCCGUUGCGCUGAACCUUCGCGAUAAUUUAGAUGAUUUUCUUGACAACUUAGACAAAGACGAGUUAUUUAAUGAUGGCGAAUACAACGAAGAUGACGAAUUUACAUUGGAUGAGGAUAUCGACGAUUACAUGGAUGACGAAGAUGACGAUUUUUCAGACGACGAAGAUGAUGAGGAUGAAUAUGACCUCCAGCAAAUCACCACUAACUUUUCCUUUUCUCAAGACGACAAAGUUUCUGCUUUAACACCGGAAGCAAUUUUUGAUAGUGCGGAAAGACUGUUAGUUGAAGUUCAAGUUCCCGCAUUCUCUGGGCUUCGCGACGUCAAGUAA